GCUUGUGUACCAGGUUGGUCAACGCCACCAAGCCUUACUCGCUAUUGUCUUGACCCCCAUGGGAGGAGCCGCUUCAAAACCUGCUCGCCAGUUCCCUAAGACUCCUAAACCUUCAUGGACGGGUGCGCGAACACCAGGGCCCUCAGAUUCGACGGCGCAUGUUGCUGAACAUGCUCGUACAACGUUACCUCGAGCAAGCGAGACUAAGAAUGAAGCUAUUGAACAGGACUCGAGAGACCCACAGCUUGCUGCCAACCUAAACCGAUUGGGUGCAGUUACUGUGGAUCAUCACAUGAAGACGUUUCGACCAGCAGCAGUGAACCAAGUAAACAGGACCUUUCAAUCUCGGCUCCAAUCCGAGGCCGAGGCUCGUUCGACAAAGGCUAUUCGCAACCGACUUCUCGCUUCCACCCUGAUUGACCUCUUGAAUCGUCGAAGAGAGGUUAAAUCAUUAGAUGAAUUGAAAGAAUUGGCAGACCGCUAUAGCAUUGACUUCGACAAGAUGGAGAAUCUCGCAAGGUUUGUAAAUAGUCCUAGUAUCGACCAGGACAGCAUCAAAAGAAGCGUUGAUGAGGAUGGGGUUGAGAAAGUCAAAAUGAAGGCCGAGUGGACAGAUCCUCCCUUCAUAUCUUGGUCUUCAGGUACAAAAUCUGUAGGUUCGGAGCCACCCGAGCGAAUACAUGUCGGAUAAGCAUUAUAAGGACCAUACAUUUCGUAAAAGUCCCCGUUGAGGUAUGAAAGGUACACUGCAAGGGUAUACGGAAUAUGGCUACAACUAUUGUUGGGGUAUCAUUUUGGUUU